AGAUAGACAUACAGAUGCACAGAGAGACCACAAUGAAAAAUUAAAACAGGAAAUAACUUUAGAUGAGAGAAGGAAGAAUCAGUAGAAAUUAGAUACACGAAGCAAAACAGCAAGAAAAACGAGUGAGGAAAAGAGGAGGUGGGACAGAGAAAGUGAAUAUUGUUAUGGGGGAGGAGGGAGGGGAUGGCAUGUGUGUCGGCUGAUGCUUCACCCUCUGGCUUUUUGACGCGACGCAGCCUCAAGCUCGAAGACAGAGUGCACGUAGAGGGACCCGGGUUCAGGCCACUAACAUUUUGGGUGCUGAUACACGAGGCAAGAUGUCGUGUCUGAGCGGAAAAGCUAUAAGGCGCCAACAAACCCACAAAAGGAUGAAUCACAGCGGAUAAAAUAAUGUGUUUUCAUUGGCAAGAUCUGAUGAGUAAAACUGCUGAAUCCUAAGGAUGCUGUUCCUCGGAAUGACUGUGGUCUGACACAUCAACAGUUUCCCAGUGCUGGACACACACUUUAACUUAAAGAAGCACAAACUACUCCUCUCAACACUGGACAGCAUGGACGCUAAAACAAACCCGUCACCGAACUACAAGCGGCUCUACUACUAAUUCAAGCUUCCUGUUGGUUCACGAGGCAGCUUGUCUUAACCGUUGCACGCUUAAAAUGAACUUUGCCAACCACAGCUGUCAAAGCAGUGAAGAUCUCCAGUUGUACCAGCACCGUGUGUAUGCGGUGGUGUACAGUGUGAUCUUAGCGCCGGGCCUGCUGGGAAACGUGCUGGCGCUAUGGGUGUUCAAGGUUUAUAUCAAAGAAACCAAGAAGGCUGUGGUGUUCAUGAUGAACCUGGCUGUGGCCGACCUCCUGCAGGUUCUUUCUCUGCCUCUGCGGAUCUACUACUACCUGAACAACACCUGGCCCUUUGGCCACCCUCUCUGCAUGAUCUGCUUCUACCUGAAGUACGUCAACAUGUACGCGUCCAUCUACUUCCUGGUGUGUGUCAGCGUGCGUCGCUGUGAGCUCAUCAUGCGUCCGUUGAGGUAUAACUCCUCCAAGAGAAAAGGGGACUUGCUCAUAUGUGCCCUCGGCUGGCUGUUAGUCUGCCUGUGCUGCCUGCCCUUCCCUCUGCUGAGGAACCCCAGCAGUGGAUCAGACUCUCAUUCAAGUUUUCCCACCUCAGGGGGCAGCGCCACCCCCACUGCAGAUGACCUGGUGUGUUUCUCAGAGCUGCCCAUGAGGACUGUCAGUAUCCCAGCAGCCUGGGCCCUUCUGGCCCUAGCCGAGCUGAUGGGCUUCAUCAUCCCCCUCAUCCUGGUGUUAGCCUGCACCUGUCUGACCGCAGGGAGUCUCCAAAAGCCGACAGCAGGGGCAAUUCCUGACCGAGGGGAGAAGCGGAGGGCGUUGAGGAUGGUGCUAAGCUGUGCUGUGGUCUUCCUAGUGUGCUUCGUUCCUUACCAUGUCACAAUGCCCCUGGACUUCCUGGUUAAAGCCAAUGCUGUGAGCAGCUGCACCUUCAGGGACCUGAUUCUGAGAUGUCACCCUGUCACGCUCUGCCUGGCCAGCCUGAACUGCAGCCUUGACCCCCUCAUGUACUAUUUCACAACAGAUGAAUUCAGGAGGCGACUGAGCAAGCCAGAGAUACCACAGAGCAUAGCAUUCAGCAGACGCUUGUCAUGUAUAACUGGAGGAGAGGAAACAGAGGAGGACUGAAGUACCUCGAAGCUCUCUUGCUGAAGGAAGGCUGAACAGUUUAAUCAUAACCACUAAGCAUAAAGACUAUGCACAAACCAGGGAAAUAUAACUUACAUGCAAACUAAUAUUUGAAAAUAUGAGUGUACGUUUUAAACUGUGAUUUUUUUCUAUUUAUAUUUUAAUAAAAAAAAUGAAACUGUUCUUUCUA